GGCGGCAUGUUCCGAUAAAGCCAAUGUGUUUGACUACUUUGACAAUGAUCAAUGCGAGACAAAGCAUUGUCGAUGGAAUUCAACCAUUAAUGAUUAUGAGUUCAUGUUUAAUAAUGUUUCGGACCAACCAAGGUAUGAUGUUUAUGGUCUUAGACAUACAGAACAUUGUGACGUACUAACACCAUCCAUCCCAGUACCAGCAGACUUUUUUAUUCUGUGUCCCAUGACUGGUUUUUUCUCAUUCCCAAGCCAACAUCUAGAGGAACUUCUUUGUCAGUCAGGUUCAAAUAAUUUCCUUGAGACAAUUACACCGAAUGUAACUAAUACAGUCAAAAGUUACCGCUGCAAAAGCAAUCAUGAAGGUUUGGGAUGGGCGAAUGCAAAUGACCAGGAUGUGUGUUUUAGCAGAGAGCAAACAAAUAAACUUUUCGUGCUUCCAUAUCCGGGAACGCCGAUCUGCAAGCACACCAUCUAUACAUUAAAAAGAAUCCGCAAGCACUGUCAGAUGUCAGACUGUGUGAUGCUACCACAUGAAAGAAACGCAACAGUAUUAGACUUGAGGCAAUGUAUGAUGGUCGCCUGUGAACGGGGUGCGAAUGUGAUCAACUACCAUAACCCAGAAAAUUCGCCAGUUGUGGUGUGUGACUUAAGAGUAUGUGCCCCUGCAAACAAUGGACACCAGUAUGAUCUUAGACUGAAAACAUCUUUUGGCUAUGAUAUAUAUAUGCUUGAUUUUGAACUACCAAUCAAAAGAACAACUCCCCAGUCUGCGACUAGGGUCACCACAGAAAUAACUCAAGGUCCGACAUAUACUAAUGUUAUGACUACAAAAAUCCCAACAACAACCCGUGAAACAACCCCCAGAGCAUGUAUAUGCUCCUUUGAACUCGCACCUCCAUUUGUGAACUCCACCGACAAAACAACAGAAACACCAGCCCAAGAAUGGCUUAAUGUGUACACUCUCCCUCAACUAUUGUACAAUAACACUGAAGAUGGCUGUGAUGAUUGUACAGAACUACUGAGGGAAUGUCCACAUGAUUGUCUUAGCUCUGGGUCUAACUUCUGGGGAGAAGAGGGGCUGGACAAAAUGAUACAUGCAGAAGGCCCAGGGGGUGUCCAAGAUGUGGCUCUAGGACAAAUCAUGUGUCAGAAGAUUUACAUGGAGGUUCCACCACCAGGCAGACAAAUAUGGCUACAUUAUGAGCCUGGUACUUGUGGGAGAAGAAUGCAAGUUACAAUCUUUGACAUGUUGUGUUGUUUUAUAUAUGAACAUCCAUUUCUGGGGCAAUUUGCGAUUUGGAAUCGAGGAUGCACUAUGGAUUUUUCACUUGAAUAACCUGUGGCACAACAAACAUAUAUUUUGUAAAAUAAGAAACCGCUUAGAUAUUGGAAAGCCUGCUGUGUUAUAUAGUCAAUGCAACACAAUUUUUAGAGAAACCAUUUAAAAUUCAAAAUGUUGAAUAUACUGAAGACAAAUAAGCUACAAAUUGAUUGUUCUGAGAUAAUGUGUACAUAUUUGAAAUUUAAAAUCUGAACAUGCACAAAAACAAUUUUGAAAAACCAUGUGUUAAU